UCUCACCAAGAAGAGAUGAGUAAAUAAUAGCUCAAGUUACUUCAUGAGGAAGCGCUUCUUCCAUCAGUAAUCAGUAAUGCAUUUGAAUUGACGAUUCAUGGUUCGCUUGCCGCCAUUACAGCAAUGGCAUGCUACCACCAAUAUUGCAGCAACUCUAGCUGGCAUGGCGGAGUCCUGUGCUUCCAUCGCAGAGCUCAAACGUAUCCAUGCCUAUGCUCUCCGUACACAUCUCCACCAACACGCUGUCGUCCUUGGCAAGAUGUUCCGCUUCGCUGCUGUAUCACCCAGCGGCGACUUAGUUUAUGCUCAUCGCCUCUUCUCUCAAAUCCUCCAACCAACCACUUUCUUCUUCAAUGUUCUCAUACGGGGCUACUCCAAGAGCCCAUCGCCUUCGCAUUCCAUUCGAUUAUUCAACCAAAUGAGGCAGAACUGCGUAACCCCAGAUGAAUAUACCUUCAAUUUCCUACUCAAGUCGCGGUCAAGAAUGAACUUAACGGACCCACUUUUAACUUUGGCUUCCGACGAGAUACACGGUGCUGUGUUGAAGUUUGGGUUUUCUUCCCACCUGUUUGUUGAUAACGCGUUGAUUCAUUUGUACGCUGUAAGGGGAAUGCCACUCUUAGCGCGUCGUGUCUUCGAGGAAACUGGGGGUGUCGAUGUUGUUUCAUGGUCAGGAUUGCUUGUUGCUUACGUGAGAGCUGGCGAGUUGGAGGUUGCACGACAGGUGUUUGAUGAAAUGCCCGAAAGGGAUGUAGUUUCAUGGACCGCCAUGAUCUCCGGGUAUUCCCAAGCAAAGCGAUCAAGAGAAGCAUUGGAUUUAUUUUGGAAAAUGACACACGCAGGAGUAGGGCUUGAUGAGGUUACUAUGGUGAGUGUGAUAUCUGCUUGCACAAAUUUGAGUGAUGUAGAAACAGGACGUAUGAUUCACCAAUAUAUAUGUGAGAAUGGGUUUGGUUGGAUGGUCUCACUCUGCAACGCACUAAUAGAUAUGUAUGCAAAAUGUGGAUGUAUGGAGCAAGCUUGGCUAAUGUUCAACAAUAUGAGCAGGAAGAGCUUGGUUACAUGGAACACAAUGAUAACAGCAAGCGCGAACCAUGGGAGUGCUGAAGAUGCAUUGAAGUUAUUUGAAUGGAUGAUAAUUUCUGGCGUCAUGCCAGACGCCAUCACAUUUCUGGCCCUUCUGGUUGCAUGCACCCAUAAGGGAUUAGCUGAUGAAGGUAUAAGAGUAUUUGAGAUCAUGCAAAGGGACUAUGGAAUUGAAGCCAGGGUCGAGCACUACGGAUGCAUGGUAGAUAUGUUAGGGCGUGCAGGGAGAUUAGAGGAGGCAUAUAAUCUACUCACAAGCAUGCCAAUUCCAAGCAAUGAUGUUGUAUGGGGUGCAUUACUUGGUGCCUGCAGGAUUUAUGGUGAUGUAGAUAUGGGGGAGAGGGUUAUGAAGAAGUUGUUGGAAUUGAAACCAGAUGAAGGAGGAUACUAUAUUCUGCUCAGAGAUAUCUACAAUGCUGCAGGUCGGACUGUGGAGGCCCAUGGCAUGAGGGAAGCAAUGUCCGCAAGUGGAGCUAGAAAAUCUCCUGGUUGUAGUUGGGUGGAAGCUUCAAGUUCAUAAUCAUAGAUGUCUUCUUCGGUUUUGUUCCCACUUAAGUACACAAUAACCUAUGAAAACGACAUCAUAUAAUUCAUUUUUCAGAUAUGCAUCAAGGAAACAAAAUAAUUUCAGAGAAUGGAAAAUCAACUAAAGCAACGUUUGGCGUGAAGCAUAGAGGUGGAAAAUAGACCAGAAAAACACAGGCACGAUUGAUCCACAACCAUGUCAACCACAUUGUUUUACCCCAGGAAAAAACUUUUCAGUAUGAGGAAGGAAUAGUAAUUCCUUUGGUAGAUUGAUUGUGAAAUAUCAAUUUGACAAUGUGUAUUAGAUGUCAAUACUUCAAAAUUUAAAUAAUUGUU